AUGUCUGGAAAAGCUCCAAAGGAAAUAGUAACUGACCAUGCAAAAGCGAUGCAGAAUGUCAUUAAAAUUGUGUUUCCAGAAGCUAGACAUAGGUGGUGCAUAUGGCAUAUAAUGAAAAAACUUCCUGAUAAAUUUGGUGUGCACAAGAGAUUUUCUAAUAUUAGUUUUGACAUGAGAGUUGCAGUAUAUGAUUCACAAACUCCGGGAGAGUUUGAACAAUUGUGGGAUUGGAUGAUGGAGGCGUGUGAUUUGGGAGACCACAAAUGGUUGACUGAUUUAUAUGAAGAAAUGGAGAUGUGGGUACCAGGUUACCUAAAUAUAUUUCGGUUUGAAUUUGCAUUAAGGGACAAGGUGGAAAAGGAAAAGGAAGCGGAUACAAUUACAUCUCUAAAAAGCAUCCCCAUUAUAACUGAAUAUCCAAUGGAGAAACAGAAUACAAUACUACCAGGUAUCAAGUGUGUGUUUAAUUAUGGUGUAAAAGAACUUCCAGAUAAAUAUAUCUUGAGACGAUGGCGGAAGGAUGUGAAAAGAUAUCAUACAAAGGUGAAACUGGGUUUCAGUUGUUGGAAAAACGAUGAUGCAAGUAACCAAUAUUAUGAUUUGUGCAAUAAAUUUAGUGAAUUUGCAGAUUGGGUUAUAGGUACUAGUCAAUACCGUGAUGUCGAUGAUUGGUUGGGUUGUAAGAAGAAGGAAGUGCAACAAACAUUUAUCAAACUAAAAGAAAGCGAGAAACUGAUAGGAAAUCAACUUGAGGAAAAUAUACCGGAAGCGGUAGAUGGAGAUAUUGAAUAUGGAGUAGGUGAUAAUGUUGUUAUUAGUGUGAAUGACCCGUUAUGA